AUGGCGUCCUUUGAGGCGCUCCACGACCGGCUCGCCGCUCUGCAGGAAACGACCGGCCAGCUGAAGGAGCUUAUCGACCGGCUAGCUACCCUCAAGUUCGAGCCCGGCUUGGUACCGCUCACAAGCAGCAUUAGCAGCAUUGCCGCGGCGGGCAAAGGCGGAGGCGGCGACGGCGACGACGACGGCAGCGACAACGUGGCCGCCGAGCUAAGCGCCGAGAUCAGCCAGAUCCUGCGCGAGGAGGACGAGGACCUCGAGCUGCUGCAGGAGGAGAUCAUCGAUCUGCGGCCGGGCCGUCCUGGGAGUGAUAUCGAGCACGCCAAGGCAAGGCUGAAGGAGGGUGCGCAGCGGCUCGAGCAGGACUUAAAGCGCUGCCGCACCUCGUUCCGCGCCGCCCAGAUCGCCGCCCGACGCAGCAUGGAGUCGGCCCAGAAACUCGAGCGCGAACUGCUAAUAGCGUCGUACGUUUCGAACGCAUCUGCGGUUCUCCAACGGCAACAAGACCAGCAAGAUGGCAACGACAACGGCAACGACGACGGCAACGACGACGGCAACAACUCACAGAACCACCAACAGCAGCAGCAGCAAGUCCAACACCAAGUCCUAUUCACGGCACGAGAUCGCCGGCGUUGGCGCGAAAAGAACGAAACGGGGACAUACCACAACCGCGACGUGGUGACCGCCGGCAGCGACGUGACCGAGGCAUUGCGGCGCACUCACGCGCUGAUCACAGGCGAAGUAUCCAAAUCGGCGUUCGCGGCCCAGACGCUGGCCGAGAGCUCGGCGGCGCUGCGCGAGCUGCAGCAGACGUACGAGGGCGUCGACGGGCUGCUGCGGCGGUCGCGCGCCCUGCUCGGCACCCUGCUCACCAGCCAGAAGAGCGACACGUGGUACCUGCGCACGACCAUGUACAUGCUGCUGUCGACGCUGGCGUGGCUCGUGUUCCGCCGCUUUCUGUACGGCCCGCUGUGGUGGGUGCUGUGGCUGCCGUUGCGCACAUCGUUGCUCGCGGGGCGCGCCCUGACCUCGACGGCUCUGGGCGCCGCGAGAGGAGGCGGCGGCGGCGACGGUCAGCCGCAGGCUGCUUCGAGCGCAAGCAUCAAAAUCCGAGGCAUCGAGACUACCGCCGUCCCGACUAUCCGUCUGGGAGACGAGAAGGACAGCGCCGCCGCUGUGGAUCCGGACUCGAUGCUGGACAAGGUUGCCAGGAAUAUCGACGAAGCCGAGGAUGUGGCGCGAGCCGAGGCGGAAAACCAGACGAGCAAUCACGGCGGCGAUGUCGAAGACGGCCGCGACGAGCCGAACCCCAUGAAGAGGAUGUGGGAGGAAGAAACGGGCGAAGAGAGUAAUGAGCGUGUUGACUGCCAACGGCAGCAGCCGCAAAUAGUCAGGGAUGAGUUAUGA